GGAGGCCCGGCGGCUGAAGGCGGCUGAGGUGGCUGAGGUGGCCGCUAGGGCUCGGGCGGCGGGCGCGGCCAGGAUGGCGAAGAGCAGCGGAGAGAAUGGGCCGCGCGCGCCCGCGGCCGAAGGGAGCCUGUCAGGGACCCGGGAAAACCUGGCCCAGGGUCCCGACGCCGCCACCACCGACGAGCUCAGCUCCCUCGGCUCGGAUUCGGAGGCCAACGGCUUCGCCGAGCGCCGCAUCGACAAGUUCGGCUUCAUCGUGGGCUCGCAGGGCGCCGAGGGCGCGCUGGAGGAAGUCCCCCUGGAGGUGCUGAGGCAGAGAGAGUCCAAGUGGCUGGACAUGCUUAACAACUGGGACAAAUGGAUGGCCAAGAAGCAUAAAAAGAUCCGUCUGCGCUGUCAGAAGGGCAUCCCGCCUUCUCUGCGGGGCCGGGCUUGGCAGUACCUGUCAGGAGGCAAGGUGAAGCUACAGCAGAACCCUGGAAAGUUUGACGAGCUGGACGUGUCUCCUGGGGACCCCAAGUGGCUGGAUGUGAUUGAGCGUGAUCUGCACCGGCAGUUCCCUUUCCAUGAGAUGUUUGUGUCCCGAGGGGGCCACGGCCAGCAGGACCUGUUCCGCGUACUGAAGGCCUACACUCUGUACCGGCCAGAGGAGGGCUACUGCCAGGCUCAGGCACCCAUCGCUGCUGUACUCCUCAUGCACAUGCCUGCUGAGCAAGCCUUCUGGUGUCUGGUACAGAUCUGCGAGAAGUACCUGCCUGGCUACUACAGUGAGAAACUGGAGGCAAUCCAGCUGGACGGGGAGAUCCUGUUCUCGCUGCUGCAGAAGGUAUCCCCCAUGGCUCACAAGCACCUCAGUCGGCAGAAGAUCGACCCCCUGCUGUACAUGACCGAGUGGUUCAUGUGCGCCUUCGCCCGCACCCUGCCCUGGAGCUCCGUGCUGCGUGUCUGGGACAUGUUUUUCUGUGAAGGAGUCAAGAUCAUCUUCCGGGUGGGGCUUGUGCUGCUGAAGCACGCGCUGGGCUCCCCCGAGAAGCUCAAAGCCUGCCAGGGCCAGUACGAGACCAUUGAGCAGCUGCGGAGCCUCAGCCCCAAGAUCACGCAGGAGGCCUUCCUGGUCCAGGAGGUGGUAGAGUUGCCGGUGACAGAGCGCCAGAUCGAGCGUGAGCACCUCAUCCAGCUGCGACGCUGGCAGGAGACCCGGGGUGAGCUGCAGUGUCGCUCCCCACCCAGGCUGCAUGGCGCCAAGGCCAUCCUGGAUGCAGAGCCCGGCCCCCGACCCACCCUGCAACCCUCACCAUCGAUCCGCCUGCCCCCAGAUGUACUUCUCCCUGAAUCCAAAGCCAGGCCACCCAAGCAGGUCCAGAAGGAGCAGCGGAAGCGGACAAAGGCGAGUGGGGAACUGGACAAGUCCCUGGCCCCCAGUCAAGCCACGGUGGUGACUGCUGCAGGAGACGCAUGUCCUCCACAGGAUGUGGUCCCAACAGACACGGUUUCCCAGGACCCAGCCCCCCAGGGCUCCUCUCCUCAGGACCUAACCCACCACCACUCCCAGGAGAGCCUGACCUCCCAGGAGAGCGAGGACACCUACUUGUAACCUUGGCAGCUCAGGCCUCCAGGGCGGGGUCUCCACACAGCUACAUGGUUCGAAGAUGACACUCCAGGGUCUGCUCACCAAGGGCCCGACCGCUUGGCUGCUGGCCGGGACAGGGUCUGGCUGGCCUAGUAGAUUCUGCCUGAGUCUCCUUAUUUAUUUUCUCUGGCGUGGAGUUCGGGCUGGCCCAGUCAGUGCAGGCAGAAGCUAGGGCCAACUGAGUGGGGCCUCACUUAGCCUCUCCUCCUGGAGGAUGCUCCCCCAGGGCAAGGGUACCGGCAUGAGGGGAGCAGCGGGGUGAUUUUUAUGUAAAAUAGAAACAUGGUUUUGUACAGAAAUAAACAGAAUUGUGUAGAGA